AUGACAUCAGGUGGAUGUAAAUCAUUCCGGAACGUGGUGAACAUUAACUUCUCCAGCAGCAUCGGCUUCCCGGUGGCAAAGCUCCUGAUCAUUGGCGGUUUCAUCGCAAUCACUACUGGUUUCAUCCUCUUGAUUGCUUGCUGGAUGGUCUGUUUGUUCUGUCGAAUGGAUAAGCCUAUCGAUAUUGCCACCAUCGAUGCAACUACUGCAGCCUUGAUCUCUACCGCUGCCACCACCACCAUCAGGUUUUCUAGCUCUGCCACCUUUUCCUGCCAUGGUGGAAUUAACCCCAAGGUCAGUGGAUCUCUGGAGGUCUUUGUAUGCUCCUCUUCAUCUCUAAAGGAGAAGAUAGAGUGUGCCGUCUACCUCAUGGUGAUAAAAAAUGGUGACAGGGGGAGGCUCCUCUCAAGGUGUGGCCAUGGGUUCUAUUGA